GGUGUUCCUAUGGGAGGGUCAAGGUUCAUGAGGUAAUGAGCUGUUGUAUACACAUGAAAAUGCAAAGUGUAUGGAUAUUAGUAGUGUGGUGCAAAUACAUUUUGAUCAGAUUUCAAUAGCGUUUCAGGAAAUGCAUUUUUUCAGCACAAAAAUAGUUUACUCACUGGAAACAACAUGCCUUCUUUACAAUGCGUUGCAGUGAUACUAAACGUAUGAUUAGAUUUGAGGGAAAGUUGUAGCUUUGAGUCUUAAUAAAAUGCUGAAUUGCCCCUAAAGGAAAUUACAAACUGCAUACUUGAAGAGGGAUACAUGCUUGCACUACCUUCGAUAUGUAAAACGACAACUGUUUCUUUCUGGCGAGCACGUGGAAGCCGUGUUGUUUAAAAUACAAGCCGUCAUCCAAAUAAGCCAAUUGCCCGCAUUCUGAAAUUUGGAGCAUAGCAGUUGAAGCUUUGAGCAGUGGUGUAAAAAACACCUACUUCGCAAUACAACCCUCCUGACACACGCAAGCGUGAAUCCUGACGUUCAGAUCUUGUGUGCAUUUCAUUGAGUUCACAUUCAGGGAUCCUCCCCAGCAGGCAAGACAGACGAAUGCGCUUUUUACUGUGCAGAAGGAUUGCUACUGUUGUAUUAUUUAAGGAACAUCAGCCAAUUAACGGCAAAUCAAUUGGUAACGUGAUCUAUAUCGCUUUUCCCGCUGUAAUGUAAAAAUGGCGAGGCUGCUUCGCAACUUGCUGUUGUUUACAAUUCGACUUGCGCUAAGGAUCAGAGUUUUGGGCUAUUGGUCUUUGAUAUACAGCUAUUGUGCGCUCUGCACUUGCAUUGCGCUGUUGAAACUUUGGUGGAACAUAAUUCUAAGGCCGUCAAAAACCUUUCAAUGGGGAAUACGCGAAACUCCCCCAGCCUGCCUGAAUGACACGUCCUUGGGAACCCACUGCUACGUUAGAAUAAAGGAGUCUGGUCUGAGAUUCCAUUAUGUGGCUGCAGGAGAAAGGGGAAAACCACUAAUGCUGUUUCUCCAUGGUUUCCCAGAGUUCUGGUUCUCCUGGCGCCACCAGCUGCGUGAAUUUAAGAGCGAGUUUCGGGUUGUAGCGGUGGACAUGCGUGGGUAUGGGGAGUCCGACGUUCCUGCCUCCACUGACAGCUACCGACUAGAUUACCUGCUCACUGAUGUUAAAGACAUCGUGGAGUACUUGGGUUAUAACAGAUGUUUCCUCGUUGGCCACAAUUGGGGCGGGAUCAUCGCAUGGCUGUUUGCAAUCCAUUACCCGGAUAUGGUGACAAAGCUCAUCGUCCUGAACUGUCCCCAUCCUUCCGUUUUUACAGAUUACAGUCUCCGCAGUCCCAGCCAGUUGCUCAAGUGCAGCUACAUCUUCUUCUUCCAGCUUCCGCAUUUGCCAGAGUUAAUGCUGUCAAUCAACGACUUCAAGGCCCUGAAAGGCCUGUUCACCAGCCGCAGUACAGGGAUUGGGCGGAAAGGCUGCUGGCUCACCUCAGAGGAUAUGGAGGCCUACAUGUACGCCUUCUCCCAGCCCGGGGCCCUCACAGGCGCAUUAAAUUACUACAGAAACAUCUUCAGCUUCCUCCCAUUGAGGCAACAAGACGUGAAGUCCCCCGUGCUCCUGCUGUGGGGAGAGAGGGACGCCUUCCUGGAGCAGGACAUGGCAGAGACGUGCCGCCUCUACAUCAAGAACCAUUUCCGGCUGAACAUCAUCUCCGGGGCCAGCCACUGGCUGCAGCAGGACCAGCCCGACAUCGUCAACACCUUGAUGUGGACCUUUCUCAAAGAGGGCGAGGGCCGCAAAACCUACAGAAACUGAACUACUUUCCUCUUAGGAGGGCUGGAAAUUGCCUGUGAAAACCAACCAACCAACCAACAUAAUAAUGCAACCAUCUUUUGAAUUUUACACAUUUCAGAUACGUAUAUAUCAAGAUGUCAAACAGAGUAAGGGGAAAAAGCACACUUUAGCAGGGCUGACACCGAUUAGAGCAUUUGAUCAUUUUAAGAUUUUUGCACAUGACAUCUGCCUUAAAGUUUGUAAAUGACACAUUUACAGAUGUGCGGCAAAUCUCCUUGUGAGUUGUAUUGUGGUGGUGCCUUUGACUUAUUUAUUAAUGUGACGACUAAAAGUUGUGCCAUUUUUAUGAGAUUUCCUGGGCUGUGGUGUGGUCUGCUAUACUAUGUGUCACCAGAUUGCUCCUUUCUUUUUCUACAGCAAUCCCCCCAGGAUCCUUCUCUAUCAGGUGGUGUUGUCUUAAUGAAAAUGUUGUUCUUCAUAUUUGUAUUUUUUGACAAUUUGCUCAGAUAUUUGAGAAUGUUGUUAUCUUGAUCUUCCUGUAAAAAGUGAUGGUUAAAUAUUGUAAACUUUUUGUAUCUCUUCCUACACGCUGCAUUUAUUAUUCCACUGAGCCAGUUCUGCACCAUUUUAAUUUUCUAAGCAAAUAAAGA